AUGGGUGAACGAAUCUACCAUGGAGCCCAUUCCUGUUCCGGCACCAACUUCAGGAAAUGCCAGGAUUUAGGAGAUUCAAUUCUCCUGAUUCUGGGCACCUUCAUCUUGCUCAACGUGGGAAUCAAUGUGGUGACUCUGCUCUGGAAGCAUCUGAAGAGCUCUUUGCGGAUUCUUUUCCGUCACUAUUUCCCCAGAGGUUUCCUACCUGGGCAUGGCAACCACCUAGACUCUUGGAUACCAGACACAAAUGAUGAGACCAUUUCUAGGUGCUGCUGGAUGCCACCCCAGUGUGGACAUGGCAGAGCCCCCACAGAAGCCCCGUGGGAGCUGUGGAAAGAAGGGCUGAUGGGAGCUGGGAAAGUCUCUCAGGCCCCAGCCAUGAAGACUCAAGCUUCUUCCUUCGCCAGGCCAGAGAUUUCUUCCCAGAUUCCAAAGAUAAGCAAGCUGAACAUGGCUCCACCCUCUUCAUCCCAAGACAACAAGAUUAAGGCACCAGUUGAGAGUCCACCCCGAGCUCCGGCCCAGGCUCCAACCUAUACCUCCACCAACACGCAUGAGCAUUCCUCCACCCAGUCCCAGACUCAGACCUCAGAGCACUCUGAACUCAGGGCACAGGAUGUUAAGCACACCUCAGCCCAUACACCACCAUCCCGUGCACCAGACUUUAUCCCAGGCCUUAGCGAGGUCCCCAAACCAGCCAAGGCUCCAUCCCCAACCUCACCCCAUCAACCAGCCCCCAACCCACCCUAUCCCCCCAUCAAGGCCCCAACUCACAGUCAAUCCCAUGCCUUGGUGGUGGCUACUUUUGGUUCCAGCUUUUCUACUGGCCAUAUGGUCUAUGAUGCCCGAAGAGCGAAGCCGAGCGCCUUCCCUAGGCACGAUGUCCAGGACUCGAGGUACAUCAGGAAGGACUUGAACACCCUCUCCAGAUCCCAAGAGAUGACGGGACUGGUAAAUUCUGGUACAGUCGAGCAAACACCAAAGCAGCAUGGUGGGGACAAUGCUGAGCCUCCUUCCAGGCCUAGGCUGGGCUACCUGGAGUUGGGGAACAUGGAAUGGAAAAUCUCAGAUCAUGCCAAAGAUAAGUUCUCCCAGCCCAAGACCUUCCCUUACAGCAGCGUUCAUCCUUGCUGUUCCGAGAGGAAAACUGAGGAAGCUCAGGCUCCACUCUACCACCAGUUCCUGGUCUAUGCCCAGGACGCCACACCCUCGAAACCCUGCCUUCACUCCCCCAGUACCACCCAGAGCACACUGACCACCGCCCCCACUCCGUGCACUCUCUCUCUGCCACUUAUUUCUCCCAGAACGUUUGCUGUGUCUCAGUCUAACCAUCUGAAGCCUUCCAGUUUAACACAAGCCCCCUCCUUUCUCUCAACUCCCAAUUCUCCUCCGAUGGCCGCCUCUUCUCACUUCUCUAUCCCUCCUCACUUCUCCACCAUCUCUCAGUCCUUUAUCCAACCUCCAAACCCCGAGAAUCAAAACCUUAACCAAGGCCUUGACCUUCAAAAGACUCCAUCACUUGCCAAGGAUUCCGGAGUUCUCAAGGACACUGGCUUUACACAAGACACAGGACUCCGGAAGAACCCAAGCCUUACCCCAAAUCCAGGAUUCCAGAAGAACCCAGGCCUUACCCAAGAUUCAAGCCUUCACAAGAACCCGGGGCUUACCCUGACCCCAGACAUCAACAAGAACUUGGAUUUCUACAAGUUUCCAAACCAUACCCAAGACCUUUACCUCUGCAUGAAUCCAAACAGUUCUCAGGACUCUUGCCUUCAAAAGAAUCUAGAUAUCUCUCAAGAAUCUGGUCUGAGGAGUCCAGCUGCCAUCCAAGAUGCUGGUGUUCUCAGAAGUCAUUCAGCCUUAGAUGCCAUCCAACAUCCCAGUCUCCACAAGAAUGGGGUAUUUAAUGAAACAUCUGGCCAGAGUACUUUGAGCUUUAUGCAAGAUUCUCUGGUCUACAGGAAUGCUCCAUUAAACCAAGAUCCUGUAAUCAACAAAAAUAAAGACCCUUCCCUAGGGACCACCUAUAAGGGGCCAGACCCCAGUGGAGAUUCUGGAGGUAAUAAUGCUACGGGAAAUGUACAACAUCCAGUAGUCUGCAGGAAUGUAGGCUUUACCCAAGACUCUAGAUCACAGAAGAACCGGUGCCAUACCGAAGAUUCUGAAGUUAACAAAAUCUCGGGACUUACCCAGGAAUCUAGUACCCAUAAGAGCCUAGGUCUUGUCCAAACUUCUUGCCUCCAUAAGAGCUCAGGUCUCACACAAGACUCAGGAGACUACAAGAAUCUAGGCCUUAUCCAAGAUUCUCAAGUCUGUAGGGUCCCAGAUCUUAUCCAAGACUCUGACUCCUACAGGAGCAGCAGCCUCAUCAAUGGCACUGAAACCGAAAAGAGAUCGGACCUUAACCGAGAUGUUAGCUUUUACAGUUCAGAACAUAGCCAAAACUCUAACCUUCAGGGGUGCUCUACAACAGAGCGAGGUCCUUGUCCUCAUCAGGACCCAGCACUUGGCCGGGGCUCUGGCUUCAAACCUCCAGGCCUUACCCAGCAAGCUAUCCCCUGCAAGGACUCAGGCCUUAUCCUGGACGCUGGCCUCACCAAAAGAUUAAGCUAUGUUCCAGGUACAGAUUCUGCCCAAAUCUCAGGCUCACUUCAGACAGUAAUGCUAACACCUUCCCCAGUGAAACCCUUCUCGUGUAAGAUGGCUUCUCAUAAGGACAAUACUAAGCAGCACUUACCCAGGACUUCUGUCCCCUUCAAUCAAAACUCCUGUCCCCACAAGGCCCAAGUGAUCUCCACGGACCUGAAAACUUUUUCGGAGGUACCUGUACUAAUUGAGCUACAGCAACCCUCCCGGCCGUUAGACAGACAAGACUGGGUAUAUCACCCUGUGGAUACAGUUCCUCCGGCUUGCCAGAAGUAUCGCCAGAUGUCAAUGCCUCCUAAAAUCAACUGGAAGCCCCACUGCCUGGGACCAGGCCUCCGGUCAGGUCAUGUGGUCUUUGAUUCCCACCAGAAACCGUUAGUAACUGGCAGAGAAAAGUGUGAAGCUCUGUGUUCCAGACGCUUCCGUCAAGAGGCACCCAGAAACUCAAGGAGACCCAGAAGGAGUGGAGAUAUCAAAAUGUAA